AUGACUCAAUACAAGUUCAUCAAUUCCGACGCCGAGGUCCCGGGCGAAGGAGGUUCCAUUCCACCUUUCUUCUCCAUCACCACCCCACCGUCUACGGACGUCUGGGAGAAGCCCCCUUCCACCAGCCGCUUUUCAGCACCCAUUCUCUACCAGUCUAUGCCUCUCGAGUCCUUCAGAAGGGCUCGUGUGGCCAUCAAUGCGCAGUGGAAACAUCUCUAUGAUCAGGGUGGGCUCAUUCUUGUCCUGCGCAAGUCCGACGGGAGCCAAAAGUGGGUGAAGGCUGGUGUUGAGAUCACUCAUGGCAAGCCUCAUUUGGGUGUCGUGGCCAAGGACCGCUGGGCCGACUGGAGCUUGCUGCCUGUGCCAUCUGGAGGCGGCGCAGCCACAAUCGAGAUGGUCCGGGAAGCCGACGAAAGUCUGUGGAUCUACUUGGUGGAAGGAGUUCAAAAGGCGCCAAUCCGCGAGGUGACUUGGCUGUUCAAGGAGGCGGAUGUCACCGAACUGUGGGUUGGUACCUAUGCUGCGCGCCCUGGUCAAGAAGGGGGUGAUUUGUCGGUGGAAUUCGGCCAUUUCAAUGUGGAAACUGCGUAA